AUGGUGAACUACAAUGCACACCCAAAGAGGAUCAGUUGCGGCCUUAUUGUAAGAAACACAGUUACAACUAAACUGCAGGAUGAAGGCUCAUCUCCUCUGCUUGGAGUUACUCCUCUUGGCGGGUCACGUCCUUCUGGCCAGUGGGCAACUGGAGUCAAAGAAACAAGCGCCCCAGGAACUUCUUGCUGUUACCCAGAGACUUGGGCUCGUGGAGAGGGAUGUGCAGGGUCUGGUGAGGCCCAACAUAGCAUGCCCCGCCGCCGGCUACCUCCCAUGUGCACAGGGCCCACGGAAAUCAGAGACACCUUCAAGUACAUCAACACGGUGGUGUCCUGCCUGGUGUUUGUUGUGGGUAUCAUCGGUAAUUCCACUCUGCUGAGAAUCAUCUAUAAGAAUAAGUGCAUGCGUAACGGGCCGAACAUCCUGAUCGGCAGCCUGGCACUCGGAGACCUGCUACACAUCAUCAUCGGCAUUCCCAUUAACGUUUACAAGCUCCUGGCAGAGGACUGGCCUUUCGGAGUCACUCUGUGCAAAAUGGUGCCGUUUGUCCAAAAAGCCUCUGUGGGGAUCACGGUGCUGAGUCUGUGUGCUUUGAGUAUUGACAGGUAUCGCGCCGUGGCCUCCUGGAGCCGCAUCAAAAGGAUCGGAGUUCCAAAAUGGAUGGCUAUCGAAAUAGCGCUCAUCUGGAUAAUAUCCAUCAUCCUGGCUGUGCCGGAGGCAAUAGCUUUCGACAUGAUCACCAUGGACUACAAGGGAGAACAUUUGAGGAUCUGUUUGUUGCACCCCAUGCAGAAAACCGACUUUUUGAGGUUUUAUAAGUCAGCGAAGGACUGGUGGCUGUUCAGUGCAUAUUUCUGCCUGCCGUUGGUCUGCACUGCUAUUUUCUACACCCUGAUGACCUGUGAGAUGCUGAGGAAGAAGAAUGGAGUCCAGAUCGCUCUCAGUGACCACCUCAAGCAGCGAAGAGAGGUGGCUAAGACCGUGUUCUGCCUGGUUCUGGUCUUCGCUGUGUGCUGGCUGCCUCUCCAUCUCAGCCGUAUCCUGAAGCUCACCAUCUACGACGAGAAAGAUCCAAACCGCUGCGAACUGCUCAGUUUCUUUUUGGUGUUGGACUACAUUGGCAUCAACAUGGCAUCCGUCAACUCCUGCAUCAACCCAAUCGCCCUCUACGUGGUCAGCAAGCGCUUCAAGACCUGCUUCAGGUCCUGCCUGUGCUGCUGGUGCCUGCCGGCCGAGAUGUUGAUGGAUGAGAAGCAGUCGUGCAUUAAGCUGAAAGUCGCAGAGCGAGCCUCCGACCAGAGCAACUCCCGCCUGACCAACAAGUCCACUACGGCCUGA